AUUGUCCUAAUAGCAGCUUUGUGGUUUCAGGUUCUUCAGGUUCAGUUGCUCUUCACUUCCAACUGUCAGAUGGGGGAACUUCUUACUCUCCUUUGGGAGCAUAGGUUCUGAUCUUCCAGCCUUGAUAGGCAGUUUCUUUGUUGCCUUCUCCCUCUUUUCUGGUGAAGAAUGAGAUGGUUCACUUUUGGAGAGGUCCUUUGAUUGCUGUUCCAGUUGCAGCAGUUCAUCACUACCUUAGCACCAUCUGCACUGCUUCAGUAUACAUGCUGUUUGUUGAUCCAGUUUCUAUGGUUCCCUGUUCCAAUAGCUUAUUUAUCCCCAGGUUGUCUGUGGUGUCAUUAGGUCUAGCCAGCCUGUGGGCUACCAUCAGGCCCAUGAUGUUCACAUGUUUGCAGCUUUGUCCUCUGUGUUUUCAUGUCAUGGGCUGUUAUUCGGCCUCAGAGGAAUAGGAGGUUUACCAGGGUUCAGUCAUUGUGCUACUUGGACAGUGCCUCUGGUUCCCCAUUGUGCUUGUGUUGCCCUGGGUUGGGUUUCUUAUCCCAGCAACUUUUCUUUAUGGAAACCGGGAGCUCCCAGUGGUGCUGCCACCUGUUGGUAGCCUGCCAUAACUAGAGGGGGGGGGGGGAUUUGACCUAUCUUCUGAGUUAAUUGUUUCAGUUUGUUUCUUUCUAUGAACCUUAAAAUUGUCUGUAUUGAUUCGCUUACUUUCUGGAUGUUUUCUCUGUGUAGGUGAUGGCAACAAUUCACUGCUCCUUGUGUCUCAGUGAAAGGAUGGAGGGGCAGGUUCUGGCUCUGAUCCCAAGUAUGCCAUACAAGAUUCCUAAGUCUGAUGUGACUAAUUUAGGGGAAAGAACUCGGUGAGAAAAUUUCAGGAAGCCACUGAGGCCCUAUCAGAAAAAGGACAGUGUUAUACCUAUAUAAGGAUGGAGUCUGAAGAGUGUGUAGUAUGUGGUGUUGGUCUACAGUGUGAUGAUCAACGCAUCCUUGUCCUCAAGGGCUUCACUCAACAUACUAGCACACCACUCAAGGAAGUUGUAGGAUCUGCCCUUCAGCAGAAAUUAAAAACAACAGACUUUAUCUGUAUAAAAUGCUCUGAACUAUUUAAUGAGAAAGACAGGCUGCAAAAGAUGACAACAGAUAUGGACAGUCACAUUAUGACCAAAAUCAAAGACUCUUCUAAGAAGGUAACUGACACCCAUGGCACUAUAUCUAUUGUUGUUGGAGAGUCUUUUACUAAUGAAAACAUCAAAGAAGAGCUAGAAAGACAAUACAAAUGUUUAAAAAAUGAUCUUAUAGAUUCAAAAUCUUUGGUAAUGGUGACAGGAGGUACAAUGGAACCACCCAAGAGUGCCCCGAAAAGGCGAAGAGGGAGACCUCCAAAUAUCGUGAAGAGGAAGAAGGCAACAGGUAUUAUUUCAGAGCCUCCACCAUUGAUGGUCAACCAGCGAGAAAAACGAAAACGCUCAACCAAGUUUAAUACUUUCCUAGAAGUUCUAAAGGGUGAGAAAGACUUCUAUAUAGAAGAUGAAGAUGAAGAAGAACCAAAAACGAAGAAAAGAGGUGGUGGCAGAAAGAAAAAAGUAACUAAUCCAUGUACUGUACCAGUCAAAGAGACAAUUAGAGAUGAUAAUAUUGAUAAAAUGUGUAUUAUACAAGUCACUGAUUUGGAUGUACAAGAAAGAGAGGUAAACAUAGCUGAGAAGGAUAGAGUAGAUUUGGAUGAUGUUGUACAAGAAAUACUUGGACUCGAUGCCACUGUAGAAACUGCCUUAAUUCAUGAUAUUGUAAAAUUUGAACAUGAUGGAGAUCUUAUUAAUGUAAUUGAUGAAAUGCAUUCACAGCCAAAAGAAAGGAGGAAAAACAAUGGUAACCUUAAGAGAAAAUUUCAUUUGUCCAAUAAUAAAAUGGAGAUCAAGGAAGAAGAAAUUGAAGUAGAUAACAAUUGGCCUAAUAUUAAGUGUAAAAGUGAGCCAGGCUUAGAUUAUCUUAAUAACCCCUCCAUUGAAGUUAGUGAAAUUGAAGAAGAUUUAGCAGUUAGUAUGCCUAGUCUUGAAGUUACCAUCACCCAGAGUGAAGAUAAUACUCUCCGUGCUGUGAUUAAUGACGCAGCUGUGAUUAACCUUGAUGUCUUGAGUGCUAUUGUACAAGAAGAUUCAAGAGACACAUUAGUAUCUGCAAUAAAGCAAGAAGAUAAUGGUAAAAGUGCUGUCUUACGUCAAAAGAAAUAUCGAUGUAAACUUUGCAGCGAAACAUUUUUCAAUAAAGAAGCUGCACGUAAACAUGCUCAAGAGAGUCACAUAGAAGCUGAUACAACAAAAAGUUUCAAGCAUAAUGGAGGAAACUUUAAAUGUAGUGAUUGUGAUAGAUCAUUUCCUACGUUAAGAGGUCGUGAUAGACACCACCUCCAUAUGCAUCUGAAACACAAACCAGUCCAGUGUACAGUUUGCUUUCGAAGCUUCAAUAGCUUUCGUCCAAUGGAGCGUCACCUACGUGUUUAUCAUGACAAAGAUCCUACACUCUUCUGUGACAUGUGUGAAGAAGAAUUUGUUAUGGGAACUUCCCUCGAGCAUCACAAGGAAAUAAUGCAUCCUUAUGUUGGCAAAAACAAGUUAAUAAAAGUUCCCACAGGUAGUAAACCUCAUGAACAGGUCAAACAAAUGAGAAUGUUUGAAUGUCCAUUUUGCAACCAAAAAAUAUAUGGUUCUAGGGCUCUUAGAUAUCACCAUAAAAAAAUGCAUAAUGGGCAAGAAUACACAUGUAAAUAUUGCAAAUAUAAGAGUACUUGUCUUAGUACAAUGCACCGACACAUGGUAAGAGUUCACAAAGCUUUAAACCUAAAGUUGUACAACUGCCUCAAGUGUAUGGCAGGGUAUCAGGAUCCUAGAGACUUGGAGGAACAUUGCAUCUCUGUUCAUAAGACUGAGACUCUAUUUCCCUGUCAACAUUGUGGUGAAAGGUUUGCCUGCAUGGAUAUGCUUCGUUUUCAUCGCAAAAGUCAUACAGCUUUUUCUUGCAAGUUGUGUCAUUUGGGAUUUAUGAAGGAAGAAGCACUAGAGGAUCACUUGAAAGCUAUUCAUACUUGUGACCCUGUUGGAAGUACUGAAAAUAGUGAUAGCACCAGUCAGUCAGAAAAUGAAGGUAUAUAUAAAAAAUUAAGUCAAUCAGAUGAAGGUUGUGCUGAGAAAACCAAGGAAGAUUCCAUUCCAGCUGUUAGUUCCAAGGUGUUAGUUAUUGCUAGUGAUGGCACAGUGCAGGUUAGAGAUGAAGGAAAAGGGGUAAAUAUUCCUACCCUUCCAUCUGAGGAUGUCACUCUUCAUCUGCAACAAACUCGAGAAGGAGGACUGGAAGAAAUGGACAUGCUCGAUCCCUUAAAGGGACAAAGAGCAAAAGAUCUUCCCAAAAAGAUGAACUGUCCAGUUUGCAACAAAAUUCUAACCACCAAGUUUCUGAAGACGCAUAUGUUAAGUCAUAAAGGUAAUUUACCACAUAAAUGCCAUGUAUGUGAUAAGGCAUAUGCUCAAGGAACAUUGCUUAGAAAGCACAUGAAGAACCGGCAUUAUGAAGAAUUUUUGAAACUUGGUAACAAAAAUCCUAAAAAACACAAAAUUGGAUGUGAUUUUUGUCAAGAGAUUUAUGACAGCAUAUAUACUUUAGAAGAACAUUUGUGGUUUCACAUGGAUGAAAAAACAUUUGAAUGUACAGAUUGCAAAAUUAAAUUUGGCAUGGAAAGCAAUUUGCGAGAACAUUAUAAAAGUCACUUUUUUAAAGAAGCUCAGCCAUGCCCAGUAUGUAAAAGGGAAUUUAAAUCAAUUGGUUAUUUCAAUGAACAUGUAGUUCGAUGUCAAAAACGGUGGAAGUGUGAACAAUGUGGUUUGGAGUGUGACACUCAGGAAUAUUAUCGAAAGCACCAACGUUCUGAACAUGGUGGUGAAAAUGUUAUUAGAUAUCAGUGUAAUCUUUGUGAGAAGUCAUUUGUUGAGCGCCACCGUUAUGAUGACCAUAUGAUAACCCACUCAUCAGAAAAGGCUUUCACUUGUCACAUAUGCCAGAAGCAAUUUAAGCGCCAGAGACCUUUGAAUGACCAUUUGGUACGAGCACAUUCUGAUGGUCAGCCAGUAUGUAACUAUUGCCGUCAGACUUUCCGUACACAACAAGAACUGGACUUGCACAAACGAAAGCAUCGUAAAGAAUUUCCUUGUACAGCAUGUGGCCAUGUAUACACAUCCAAGGAAGCCCAUAUGAAUCAUGUAAUGGUUCACCAUUCAGAAGUAAAUCAUUCUUGUCAUAUAUGUGGUCAGUCCUUUGUUAAACAGGUCAAUCUGAAAUCACAUUUAAUUACUCAUUGUUCUAACACGCCCAACAUAUGUCAUGCAGAUAAUUGUCAUAAGAUGUUCCGAACAGAGGCUUUGCUGCGAAACCAUGUAGCUCGACGGCAUCAUGAACUUCAGUAUGAAUGUCCUAUAUGUGAUCGCAAAUUUAGUUUAGAAUCCGAUCAAAUUCGUCAUAUGCUAACACACCAAGCUGUAGCGCCUUUACCGUGUGAUGAGUGUGCUCGCACGUUCCGAAGUGAAGCACAAUUAGAACGGCACCUUCUAACACACACACAGGAGAAGCCAUAUGAAUGUGGAGUGUGCCAGCACACAUCAACCACUCGACACCAGUUGCUACGUCACAUUCAAGGAGAUCAUGGUCUUAAUGAUGCAGCUUCCCAUCUUGUGGUUAAUCGCUGGCGUUGUUCUGCAUGUGGCAAAAUGUUUGUAGUACAAGGUUCCUUGCUACGUCACCUUAAGGACCAUUCCACGAAUGGUGUUCAGGCACAGGGUCAUGCUGUUAAAACGCGUUCAUCACCAUCUUCAGUUUCAGACAUUUCAAUUCCAUCUGGUGUAAUGGAUCCUACUACAGCUACUACUACUUUCUUGGACCAAGUUUCUGCUUUAAGUUGGCAAGACCUUACUCCAUUACUUCGUCUUCAUGUUAUGGCUGAUGAAGGAACUGGUGAGGGGGAAACAUCAACAGUAGCAGCAGAUGUAUGGCAGUGCCCUGGCUGUCUUCAUGCAACACAGACAGAAGAUGAUAUGAGAGACCAUCUGGUUGGAACUCCACAGUGUCAGGAAGCUGUCAUCCUACAGUUGGCUGGUGGGCUAGCUAAUGCCGAUGACUUGGAUGAUGAUGGCAGUACCGAAGAACAGCAGCUUAUGGAUGAUGAAAGAAGUGGAGCAGUUUUACAGUUGACGGGCAGUGAUGGUGGAAUGCAAUAUGUCAUCGUGCAAGAAGAAGAUGGAUCCAUACAAAGAUUAAAUGAUAGUGGUAAGGAUGAUCAGCCUGUACAGGAAGGGGAAGAAGGUAUGCAAGUAUUAGUUAGCAUGGAUGACAGUUUUCAACAUCUGCUUCAGCAGCCAGCACAUCCAGACAUUCAGAUUGUUGUUGAAGAUACAGCUCCUUUAAAGCAGCUGUUUGCAGAAAGCGGCAGUGAAGAGGAGCACUCUACAAUAGUUCGUGCUUCUUCUACCAGUAGUCAGGACAAUGUACCUGCUGACACCCCAUUACUGAAUGGCUCUGAGGUGCUUCUACAAACUGCUGAUGGGAGAUUGGUCUUGCAACAAACAGUUGGUGGUGUGACACAGUAUCAGCUGGUGGAGGGUGUCCCUACAACAGGGGAGGAAGACGAUUCUUCAGCCCUUCUUCCUGCCCAUCCUGGGUUUAUUCUGCAAGACUAAGCAUAAUUCUUGGCAUCUCGGUAUAUUAGUGCUUGUAUACCGACCAGUUAUGUCUGAUAUAAUAGAGAAUGUACUUGAAGAUUGCAAACAAAAAUACAAAUUGACAUUGUUAUUGUAUAAAAAUGUACAUUUGAAAAUUAUUUAAAUAAGCUUUAAUUUAUUCCAAACAUCAAUAAAUCUUUUGUUGAUACUGCA